UCGCAUCAUUGUUCCACAUUCAAAGCUAAAGAUGAAGUCGGUUGUUAUAGUAUUAAUCGCUCUGCUCGUGGCCUCCUGUCAGGCAAUCAUCUACGAGGAUGCGCUUGCCGCCGACUUUGAGGCCUUCAAGUUGAAGCAUGAGAAGAGCUACGAGGACAUCGACGAGGAGAUCCUGCGCAUGGAGAUCUUUAAGCUCAACAAGGAAACCAUCGACAAGCACAACGCACGCUAUGCCAGGGGCUUGGAGACCUACGAGAUGGGCAUCAACCAGUUCUCAGACAUGCUGCCAGAGGAGUUCAAGCAAAUAAUGUUGUCCAAUAUGAACACCACCGAUUUCGACUCCAGCAUCGACUCGAUCUAUUUACCCCGCCAUAUUGAAAUACCAGAAGAGGUUGACUGGCGUCGCAAGGGCGCCGUUUCAGCGGUGAAGAAUCAAGGUAGCUGCGGUUCCUGUUGGGCAUUUUCCGCUACGGGCGCUCGUAGUCAACAUUUCAUAAAGACCAAGAAAAUGAUUUUGCUAUCCGAACAAAAUUUAGUAGACUGCUCCGUUCCGUACAACAAUCACGGCUGUCGAGGCGGUUGGCCAGCAGCUGCGCUAAGGUAUGUCAAGGACAACCGUGGUAUUGACACUGAGUCGGCAUAUCCGUAUAAGGCCCGCAAUGGAUACUGUCGCUACCGUCGCUCAGGUAUUGGCGCUACGGUCUCUGGGGUGGAAAGAGUGCCACACAGCGAGAAGGCAUUGGCUCACGCAGAAAGGGGUCCGGUUUCGGUGUGCGUCGUUGCUAGUAAAUUCCAUCACUAUCGUAGCGGCAUCUUCAGCUAUCCUUCCUGUGGCCAAGACGUGAAUCAUUGCGUGCUUGCCGUAGGCUACGCUCGAGACUUUUGGCUGAUCAAGAACUCCUGGGGUAGCUGGGGAGAGCAGGGCUACAUGCGCUUGGCUCGCAACCACGGCAAUAUGUGUAAUGUGGCCAGCUUUGGCGUUCUUCCAAUAGUCUAUAGUACACAUAUAUAAAUAUUUUAAUU